CAGCGCCCCAGAAGAAAGAUUCAAAUAUGUCAGCUAAGAUCAUCUAGUCACUGACUUAUCUGUUUUCUGCUUCAUCCAUGUCUCUUCCCGUUUCCAUUUCGAGCCUGUUUUAAAGGACCUGAUAGACCAUGUUGAGCGAGGUGAAAACCUUGGCAUUCUGGCGUGCUGUCCUGGCAGAGCUCAUAGGAAUGGUCCUCUUCAUAUUCAUUGGCAUUGCAGCAGCCAUUGGAAACAAGAACAAUGAUGGCCCUGACCAGGAGAUCAAGGUAGCGCUGGCGUUUGGGUUGGCCAUUGCCACCCUUGCCCAGAGUCUGGGGCAUGUCAGUGGAGCACACUUCAAUCCUGCUGUCACACUGGGCCUGCUGGUCAGCUGCCAGAUCAGUGUGCUCCGGGCUGUGCUGUACAUCCUCGCUCAGAUGCUGGGGGCUGUCAUAGCCAGUGGCAUUAUUCUAGGAGUGAGGCCGGAAAGCAUAAAAGCUCUAGGUUUGAACCAGCUGAAUGGAGUCAGCACUGCACAGGGCUUUGGCAUAGAGUUUCUGCUCACUCUUCAGCUUGUCCUGUGCGUCAUUGCCACCACAGAUAAAAGACGACGUGAUGUUAGCGGUUCAGCACCACUGGCCGUCGGGCUCUCUGUGGGCCUUGGACACCUAGGAGGCUUAAGUUAUACAGGGUGUGGCAUUAACCCUGCUCGUUCAUUCGGGCCAGCAGUCAUACUGAAGACUUUUGAGAACCACUGGGUAUACUGGGUUGGUCCUAUGAGCGGGGGAGUCAUGGCUGCCCUCAUCUACCACCUGCUUCUGUCCCCUAUACCGGGUGACCUCCCCCAGAGGCUCAAGGUUUUAUGCCAUGGUCAUUAUCAAAAUGAGCGACAACCUCUGCUGGGUGGUGCUGAAGGAGACCAGUGGACCAAGUAGUAAAUGUUGCAUGUUUAAGGAGCCCAUUUUCUGUGAACAUGCCAAUAAAAUAUCAAGAUAAAUGGCAAA